AUGGAAUUGUUCGGGUUUAAAUUGGAUUCUAUCAAGAUCGAAGAUCUGGAUGGCAAAAUAACAGAAAUAAACUAUAGUGAGAAUGGUUGUAGCAGUAAGACUAAUUUUCAACAGUUACCAGAAAAUGACAAGACAACUAUCAGAGCUCUACUAUAUAUUAUGGACAAGUGUUGUGUGGGUGAUUCAGCUUAUCAUGAAAUGUCAAUGCUGGUUGAUGGUCUGCCACGGAGCUAUUUAAUUAAACAGUGUAGAAACGCACAAAAUUCAAUCAGUCAUAUCACCCGUACACCAGGAAAACACCCAGGGGCUCAGAUGAGUUUUAAAGGAGAACUAAGGGAACAAAUUAGAAAGAAGGUAAUCUUUCCUAUUAUGUCUCGAUCAAUUCCAAGCAUGCCCAUCCCCUCCCUGGGCAUUUGUCAGGCAUUUAGCAACUCACCUGUUAUCAGGGUUGGGUAUUUGCCUCAACAGGUUUUCCCAGGGUGGGGAAUUGGGACAUUCCAGAAAACAUCCAUACCACCCCCACUGAGGAAAUUGGACAUUAACCCCCUACCCCCUUCGGAUGUCCUAAUACAUUUACUAUUAUCAGAAAGAAUUUUAUCUCCCCUCCCCCUCCGGACAGCAGAAAUUUCCUCCGCGGGGGGAGUGUGUAUCUUUUCUGGAAUGACCCAUUUGUUGAAGUGUCUUCAAAGAAAGCAGAUGUGUAUCCCACCCUGUUAAUCUAUACCGAAUUUCGAAAAUUCAAUCUUUGGCGCAUUGCACAUUUCAUAUUGAUAUUUUAUACAUAGCUGCAUGCUCCUAGACUUAAAAUAUAUGUUGUCAAUCAGCAUUCAAGUAAUAAACAAUACAAAACAGAAACUAUUAUAUUCCCAUGGGUGGAGCAUUUGCAUCAAUUUUGAGUCCCCAAGGUGAGAAUUUUGUAUAAUUAUACUCACCCCACAGUGGGCAAUGCUCUUUUGUCAAAAUGUAAAUUCCCGAUAGAUUCCGGGGUGUGUGUGUGUGGGCAUGCUUGCAAUUCAUUGAGACAUUAUUUCGUGCCAGAAAACCAUGUGCACUUGCUACAAGCAUCACAAUCUACAGGAAGCAUAUGGGGCAUAUGUGAGGCCUGAUGGGGGGGGGGGGCUAAGUUGUUUUGCAUCAAUCUCAAAAGUAAACCUUUAUGUUGGGAUUUAAUACUCUCUUACAAUUAUUUAGCUGUAGGUAAUUUGUUAAUGUUUUGCAGUACUUAAACUGUAGUACUUUUACACAACCCUUAACGUGACAACAGCUUUUUCAUAAAGCUGUCUCCUCUCCCCCUGAAAAUGGAUAAAUGUGUUUGCAUUGAUUAAUUUUAUAGAUUGUAUCAAUAAAGUGUAUACUGAUUUUAUCAAUUUUAUAGAUACAGCUUGGAGAUGUUGGAAAACAAAAAGUCAUAAUUGCAGGUAAUGGUGCAAAAAUGUUGCGCAUAGCAAAUUUCAUUGUUCUGUCUUUUGCUUUCUGAUGACGAAAAAGUAAUGUCUUGGAAAGGUAAGAGAAAAAAUAUGCUGAGCCACUGAUGUACAGUUAGAAUAAUUGGCUUUGAUCUUGAAUAAGUUUUGUUGUUGUCUCAAAACCUACAGAAAUUCCUGAUUGUUAAAUAAAUCAUUUAGGAAAUCAUACUGUGGGAAUAGUUUCAGGAAGUGAGGAUUACGAGGUAUUAAGAAUUUCCUGUAAGGAAAUCUUAGCUGAAAUUAAUGAUCUUGUUGAACAUGGUGAAAUUGAGGUGGAUGGUCAUAGAAUUCCUCUGGAGUUUUAUCUGUCUGGUGAUUAUAAGAUACAGUGAGUGGUAAACAAGGAUUAUAAAGGAUGCUUUCUCUUCUUCAAAAUCAAUAAUUAGGUUAACUGGUUGUUGUAUCCUUUCUGGGGUUGAGCUACAGUAUCACAUGAAAAUCAUGAUUGUAUUUCUUUAUAUAUCUCUUCAAGUUCCUACUUCUUGUUCUUGGAAUGAACAGUGCAAUGUGUAUGCAUGUGUUUACUGCCUGGUCCACAAAAGUGAAAGGUACAUUAAACAAAUUUUAUUUCAGUGCAUGCUAUCUUUUUAAUUUACUGGACCAGUGUUUGCAUAUAUUUUUUUCAACAUUGAGACAGAUGCAAUGCACUCUGGCACACCCUACAUUGUUAUUUGCUCUUAGGUCAGGUGAUUUUACUCAUCUUUCCCCUCAUUUAUACAAGUCUAAUUUUUACCCUGGUUCCAGAGGUUCUUGUACCGCCGUAUUACUUCAUAUUAUUUCGCGUGGAAGUGAGAUUUGUAUCACGUGCCACCAGAGGUUCGCCGUUCCAUCGUGUAUCAAAAUAGUAUGAAGUAAUACGGCGGUACAAGAACCUCUGGAACCAGGGUACUAAUUUUUAUGUCCAGUAAUAAACCUUCAGCAAUUUGAUCAUUCUGCAAUUUUAAGUUAUUUACCCUAACCAUUUUUCUCUGAUAUAUUGUUUGAAUAUUAAUAAUCGUACAAUAAUCGAUCAUUAACUCGUAACAUGCCCAAAUGCGCCCUAUUUUAGUAUUUACUCUGUCUAACGCCAGACAGGUUUACUUGUCAGUGGUAGAGUACUGCCAGUAAAUGAGUUAACAAAUCUAUCUGCCAAUGUCUCUUGUUAACUCAUUAACUGGUAAUGCUCACAAAUGCGCCCUACUUUAGUAUUUACUCUGUCUAACGCCAAACGAUUUUACUAGUCAGUGGUAGAGUACUGUCAGUAAAUGGGUUAACAUGCAAGACUCUCCUCUUGACAAGUAAACCAAUCAGGUGUUAGCCAGAGUAAAAAGAUAUAGUAAGGUACAGAAGGGCACAUUGCGGUUUAAUGGAUUAAACAUCUUUGUUGAUGUAGGUGGGAUACAUCAAAAGCAGAGGAUUAUUACCAUAAUAGUAAGAAUGCAAGAACUCUUAGUACCAACAGAUCCAUGGCCUGCAAAUCCUCAUCUAACUAUGGUUGCAUCAAAAAGCCAUUGCUCGGUAUCCCAAUUGAGAAUGUCAGGGUUGACGAACUUCAUUUGCUUCUCAGAAUAACUGGUAUGGUAUUAUUGAAAUUUGUAAAUUGGUAGGUUGUCUUGAUAUUAACUAGUAUGCACAUCAUAAUAUAGACUUUGUUCCUAACUGUCAGACAGACAUUAAAACAACUAUAACUGAUGGAAUAUACUAUACAGAAUGCCCUUGCUGCUGUUACCAGGGCCGUAGCGAGGGGUGUAUUGGGGGGGGGGUAACCCCCCAACUUUUUUAGAAUUAACAUAUUCGGAAAAUCAGGUUGCCCAUUCGGAAAAUUACAGCAAUAAUAGUAUAACAAAAUUUUAGUUGUUAAAUUAACAGAUAAAAUAUAAUAUUGUAUUGUCAGUAUAAACUGAUUUACGAAAUCAUGGCAUUUACAUGCAGUGGCGGAAAUUCACUUUUUCCGGUGGGGGGGGGCAAAGGCUCCUAAAUUUCCGACAAAACUUUCAAAUUUCCGACAUACCCCCCCCCCAUUUGCACUUAAAAAGACUGUUUUUAGCUCUCUUUUAUAUCAAAAUCCUAAAAUGCUGUUUUCUGACCAUCAGAAUUCUGUCAAAACUUCCCCAAAGUCCAGGAAAUGGCAUUUCAGAGAUUCGAAAUUUAAAAAUUUCCUCGGGCCUUCGGCCCUUGCUCUCAGCCCUCACUCCUCCCAAUUACAAGGAGGUUCUUACGGCACUGCAUGCUUCUGUAAUAUGUCUGUGCGUAAAAUAUUUGUAUUUUUGUUUGUAAAUUGCGUAUUCAUUUUCCAGGUAGCAAACACCUUCGUGGCUUUGUAUGCCAUGAAAUAUUCGGAAAUUUUUUUUGUCAUUCGGAAAUUUUUGGCCUACACCCCCCCCAACUAUACAUGCUAGCUACGGCCCUGGCUAUUACUUUAUGGCAGGAAUAUUAUAACUCCUUUUCAUUUUGUCAGAUAUUUUUUAA